AUGAAUUCAUCUAUCAUUGAUAUUGAAUCCUGGUAUAUUCCAAUUGAUAUUAUAAUCACUACAUUUACUACUACAGCCAUUGGGCUUACCAUACUCUGUUUAUGUCUUAUUUUAUUUGACAAAACAUGCCAUACAAUACAUAUGUUGUUAGUUGCUAAUUCAUGUCUAACUGCACUUGUAUUUGGAUGUGCAAUGCUUACUUCAUUCAUUAUUAUGCUUAAUAAUGAUCUUAAACAAAUUUAUUAUCCUGAUUCAUAUUGUAUAUUUCAAGCUUACAUUAGUUAUGCUACAUGUGCUGCAUUUAAUUAUUCAUUUGUAUUACAAGCUCUUUAUCGAUAUAUUCUUAUUAUGUAUCCACGUGUCUUAUUCUGGCAAAAACGACGAACUCAAAUGUUAUUUGUUUUUAGUACAUGGAUUUUAGGCUUUGUAUGUCCUAUUAUGUUUUUAUUUAAUAACGGAAUUGUUUACAAUUAUGACAAUCAAGUGUGUCAAUUACCUCUUCGAUUUUCAUUUUCAGUUAUUUAUAUAUCAUUUACUGUGUAUGGAAUUCCUGUCACAUUGAUUAUAUUUAUUUAUUUUAAACUACUUCGAUAUAUACAAGAAACGAGUAAAAAUGUAGCAUCGGUUAAUGUUUUGUCUCGUGCUCGGCGAGAAUUAAAAAUGAUUCGCAAAAUAGUUAUAUUAGUGUCAAUUCUAAUUGGAGUUGGUUUUGUUUAUGCGAUCUUUAUAAUUAUGUCAUUUUUUAAUAGUUUACCAAAAUAUCAUUUUCGUAUUGCAUAUGUGUUUGGUAGUUCAUCAUUUCUUCUAGUUAUAAUGACUUUAUUUCAAUUCACUGAUCCACUUAAAAUAUCAUUAAGAAAAGUAAUCAAUAUACAAUCAAAUACAAUUGUACCAACUGUAAUAUACACAAAUAGAAAAAACUAA